AUGAAGUUCUUAGCUACUAUCGUGAGCUUUGCUGCUCUGACCAUCGCAGCGCCGACUGCCCUGCCUGCCGAGACCCUCGAGGUUCGAAAUGACAAUGCUGUCACCGAUCGGCUCCUCUUCAGCGAUUCUCUCCCCGUGUUCCUCAAGGCUCGACAAUCUAAGAACCCUGCCCAUCUCGACUGGAGCUCAGAUGGAUGUUCCUACGUUCCCAAUGCCCCCGCAGGCUUCAACUUCGUGAACGCAUGUUACCGACACGAUUUCGGCUACCGAAACUAUAAGAAACAGCGCCGAUUCACUCCCUCCAACAGAAAGAGAAUUGAUGUUUUGUUCAAGGCCGAUAUGCGUGGCCUCUGCGAAAACUACAAUGCCAAGAGGACCUGCCGUGCUGCUGCCAACCUCUAUUAUUUGGGUGUCCGCAUGUUUGGUGGCAUUGGCAGAUCCCUUGAUACCAGAGACAUUGAUGGUGGUGAUGCUGAAGAGUACCAGGAAUACCUCAAAGCCAUGGAGGAAUACAAACUCGCCGUGGAGGAGGACAAGAAGGCAGGAUUGCUUCCGGCCGACUUCUAG